AAUUGGGAAAGAAAGGAGCUUUCAGCAAUAAUAAAACCUUUAAAGAAUUAGCAGAAUUAAUGGUACAAAUUAAAAUAAAAGAAGAAGAAGGCAAGUCAAAAACAAGUUUAAGGUAUUCUGAGCAUUUAAAACAAUUUUUUUGUUUAUUGUCCAAUAGUUCAAGAGAAUACGAGAUUUUCAAACAGUCUUUUGUAGGAAUGAACUUGAGAUCAUUAAGAUAUAUUCGUAGUAAAGAAACAAAUAUUAUAAGAGAUCCUUACUUAGUUUUAGAAAAUAUAAAAAAAUUUAAACAAAUUGUAAAUGAUUUAAACUGGAAAGGUCCAAUUGUCUGCAUGACUGAUUGCACAAAAGUUAGGCCAAAGCUGAUUUAUUGUGAAGAAUUUGGCUGUAUUGUUGGUUCUAUUCUUUCUCACAAUGAGACAAUUGUUAAUUCUUAUGAUGACAUUACUUCUACAAUUAAAAAAAUUAAAGAUGGACAAAAAAUUGCUACACAAGUUCGAGUAAUUGUGCUCAAGAUACCAAUUGGAAAAAUCCCCCCUUUUGCAAUUGCUCUAUUACCAACAAAAGGUGAAAUGAAAGCAGAAGAUAUAUACAAUUUGUUAUUUCAAGUCAUUCAAAUGUCUAGUAAUCUUGGUUUACAUAUCCAAAGUUUUGGAGCUGAUGGAGCACCAUGUGAAAUGAGUGCACAAAAUUUAAUUAAAGAAGGAAAAUAUACAAACACCUUUUUAACCUUUGAUGAUAAUUUAUAUAAUAUACAUUUAAAGAAUCCAAUUUAUGAAGGCAAUCCUAUAAUCAUAGUUCAAGAUCCUAAACAUGGGAAAAAGACUGCAAGAAACCAAAUUUUUUCAGGAGCAAGGUUGCUUGUUCUUGGAAAUUGUCCUGUUCUCUAUAAACAACUUUUAUUUCUUGCAAAAGAGAAUGGACAUUCUAUUUAUAUUCAUGAUGUUGUAAAUACAGACAAACAAGAUGAUGGAGCAGCAUUUCGAACUUUUCAUUCUGAAUUGCUUAAGCAAAUCAGUAGACACGAAAUAUUUAAUUCAGAAUUUGAAGCAAUUUUUGUUUACUUAUUUAUCUUAG